GCAGCCCGAUUUUCCCGCCUGAAUUUUUACCCCGUGUUCGAUGUCUCUCGGUCGGCGAGGAUUCUACUUCGUCCGGCCAAUCACAUUCCAUAACCGCAGCCGAGCCCCCGCUGACCUUGAACGGGAUUGGCCGGACGACGUAGAAUCUUCCCCGUCCGAGGGACAUCGAACGCGGGGAUAGUAAAUCGCACCACAAACGCCGCAGUUGAUGACUUAUAUUGUACCGAUUGUACCGUAUUCUACCUACACUUAACUCAUGAAUGUUGUACUUCAUUCAUUGCACUUUCGGGUUAUCUUGAUCUUUUGAGUGGUUAUGUCGAGUGGUGCUUCAUCGGGAAAAGUAGACGGAUUAGACGCUGAUUUCCUUCCUGUGAUUUACGACAUAAUUAGAGGAAUCGAAAAGGACUCUUCUGAUGUGAAUAAAUCAUCACAAGAAGUUGCUCAAAAGAUAGUCGAGCUGCAGAAGAAAUUCGAGAAGGCGAGAGAACAGACUCGUAAGGCUGCCGGCAUCGAGUAUAACCGAGCGGAGCAGCUGCACCGUCUGUCGGCGCUGAGGGAGCAGCUCAGUCUGAAGCGGCAGCUGCUCACCAAGUACCAGGCGCUGCAGACUCUGGACGGCGCGGCGGCGCCGGGCGCUCACUGAGAGAUUUUAUUUCUACUAGCUGAUACACUUCCGAAUCGCUAAAGUAUAUAGCGCCGAGAUGUCUUCGACGACGCAGAAGCACCGCAACUUCGUGGCGGAGCCGAUGGGCGACAAGCCGGUCACUGCUCUGGCUGGCAUCGCCGAAGUCAACGGCAAAAAGCUGGUGGCGAACGGUUUCGACAAGGCCUACAUCGUGCUGGGCCAGUUCCUCGUGCUGAAGAAGGACAAGGAGCUGUUCGUGGAGUGGCUGCAGGACCUGAUUGGGUGCAACGUCAAACAGGCCACCGACUGCUGGCAGUGUCUGGACGACUGGUGCGCAGAGUUCUUAUAGGCUCCGACGCAGGCGGGCCAGGCUACCGACUGCCGGCCUCGCCUUGAGCCUACUGUCUUUUGCGACUUUUGGCGGGCUAGCGAGGGAUCGCCAUGCGCGUAGUAUUGAACCUCUCAUAUUUUUCGCGUGUUUAAAUUGGCUUCAUUGCAUGUGGUCAGCCGAGAUAAGGCCGGUCAAGGUGUUUCCCAAUGGAAAUGGCAGCGCACUGAACAGUCCCCGCCACCAGCGGCCGCUCAUCGCCACCCGUCUGUCGUCACGUCGCGCCCGCAUGGCCGGCCUGAUGGUCCGUCCCUCGGGAGGGCGGGGAGUGCUGCCCGCCGCUCAGCGGGAGGGUGGGGAGUGCUGCCCGCUGCUCAGCGGGAGGGCGGGGAGUGCUGCCCGCCGCUCAGCGGGAGGUUGGGGAGUGCUGCCCGCCGCUCAGCGGGAGGGCGGGGAGUGCUGCCCGCCGCUCAGCGGGAGGGUGGGGAGUGCUGCCCGCCGCUCAGCGGGAGGGCGGGGAGUGCUGCCCGCCGCUCAGCGGGAGGGCGGGGAGUGCUGCCCGCCGCUCAGCGGGAGGGCGGGGAGUGCUGCCCGCCGCUCGGGACUUAGUAAUUGGGACGCGACGUCAGUGUAAUAACUACUUCGACGUAGUAGGUAUACUAUCUCAUUGAUGAGUUGAAUGAAGUUUCGGGCAAUGCUCGGCUUUGACGGCUUGUCGCUCCUUUAGUGCACUGUUUGUCGAUUGGAACAUGCCGACAGCGCUCACGUGCGGGCUUCUUUUUCUGGACACUCAUUUGUGUAUGUAGUUCACAUGCAGCAACAUGCGGUGGAGUUAAUGUUAAAAUAAACUUCGUAUUCUGCGA